CUUGCGGACCCGAGAGCGUUGUGUUGAUCACUCGAGCAUCAUGCACACAGUAUUUCCGUUAGGACUUUUGCGCGAUUACGUGUGUUUAGUGUGGAAUCGUACACUAUUUCGAGGUGGUCGCGAAACGGUGCAGAUCCACGACCGCGAUCGGCUCGUCGAUGGCGGACCCCCGGCGCGAGAAGAAGUGGGCAAAGCAGGCGACGGUCCCGACGUUCGCUGCGCCAUCAGUUGCCGCCGACACGGUGGCCACGGAAAAGCAGCUGCAGUACAUCCGCGUCCUCGAGGAGCGCAACCGAAUCAAGAAGAAGCUCGAAGAGCAGUCUCGGAACGACCGCGACCUCGAGGAAAAGGAAAGCGGGUUUAGCACCAACUUUAACGGCGAGAACGCGUCGCGGAAGCCACGCGCCGCAUCGGCCAAGCCCCGCGCCAAAUCCGCCGCCAAGCUUAAGAGCCCCGGGUCGACCGCCGAAUUGCGGCCGCGUGCCGAACCCAAGCGCGAGACAAAGUCCACGUCGGCGCUGCCGCUGCACAGCGCUACAGAGGCCGCACCACGCGUCAAGCAAAAGUGGGCCAAACCACAAGGAGUGGUCGAGCAGCGCGAUGGGCGUAUCGUCUUUGUCGAUCCUAGCGACUGCACCGAGGACAGUAGCAACCAGCCACCAAGUACCAGCGAUCCACGACCCAGUGCCAGUCCGGACCCACCCAGUGCCAGCCAAGAACAGUCAAGUGCAAGCCUCAACCCACCAUGUACACAGCCAUGCGAGAGUUCUACGUUCAACGCGAGAGUGUCCAUGGCUUGCCCUGUCGACGCCAAGCCCGAGCGUGCAAGCACUUCGGCCGACGAGAAAAGCGACGACGAAGAGUACUUGGACGAGUCCUUUGAAGAGUUUGACGACGACGCCAGUGCGCCAUCGCUACAGACGGUCGCAACAAUGCGUGCGCACGAAGACGUCACCAUCACCAGUGCGCCCGUGGACGUCAUGAGCCAAACGACCAAGGAGCUUCUCUCGCUCAUCCACGACCUCUCGCGCGACAAGCAAAAAGCCCUCAUCUCGCGCCUCAAUAAAUUUACCACGAGCGAGAAACAGGCCGCCGACGUCUCGGAGCUCCAAGAGUCGAUUGGGGACCCGACCAUUUGGCAGCAGCUCACCGCACCCAUCUCGGAGCUCACGCAGCAGCAGCGCGCAUGGGAGGCCGAGAUGGAAGCCAAGCUUCAGCAGGAGCGCGCCGAAAAGGAGACGCUACUCGCACAAGCCGAGGCGCGGCGCCAGCACUUGCUGCAGCAGCUCGAUGCCGAAGAGAAAGAACUGCAGCAGCUCCUCGCAAAGCGACGCACCGAGACCCUCGAAAAGCUGCGCCAAGUCGAAGAGGCCACGCGGCUUCCGCUGCCGCCGUGCGCGAGCCCGACGACCAAGCCCGUGGCACGAGACGAACCCCCACCAACUGCUCAGCGGUCGGUAGCCGAGCCAGUUCGAGAAAGCGUCUCGAUCGAGAGUGCGCCGUUGCCGCCUGCACCAGCACUCGUGUCUACCUCGAUAACAUCGCUGCCCAAGGAAACUGCGGCGGCGAUGCACGAGGUUCGGCUCAAGCUGCUCUCGUCCUGGGGCAAGACGCGCGUGCUCGGGCUCACACAGAUUUCCGUGUACGACAUGGACGGAAACGAGCUCGACGUGCCACUCGAGUCGGUUAAGCUCUACAGUGGCCAAGCCGACAUGCGUCCGAUCCCCAAGUCGAACGGUAUGGUGCGCGACUUGGCGCGGCUCUUCAACGGCGUCGCCUACACGACCAACGAGAGCGACAUGUGGCUCGGUCGCCAGAUCGACGCCAACCCACUCCAGAUCGCUUUUUCAGUCAGUGUCGUCCCCAGCAAGCUCUGCAUCUGGAACUACAACAGCAAACUGCAAGCUGCGUGCGUCCGAGACGUCGAAGUCUUUGUCGACAACCAGUGCAAGUGGUCUGGGUCCCUCCCAGAGUCGUUUGGCGCCGAGGAUGAAUCUGCCUGCACGUGGAUCAACGUUGUCGCCAACAUGCGCAAGAAGGCACCACCCGCGUCCAAGCCACCUCCUGAGGCGCCGCGGCUCGAGACGGCAAAGAGCGUCAUAUCAAGCGGUCCCAUCUGGCUCAACGCUACGACCAAAGUGGAGCCCACAGCUGCACCGAUAGUCCGAAGAGAGCCCGAGAUCAAGUCGCUCGACCUCGCGCGCGUCGGCGCCGAGCCAAAUGUGCUGCGUCAGUCAACGAGUCGGCGACGGUUGGCCGAGACAAAGGUCGAGGCAGAGCCAAAGGCGGAAAAUGCGACACCAGCCUCCGUGCGUGCAAUGCCAUCGCUGCAAAGCUCUUGGGAUACGCUCGAGCACUUCAAGAAGACAAACCGCAGCCGCUUGCCCCUCGAGGUUGGCGACACAACACCGAGACACACCUCCGCCAUCGUGCCGCUCCUCAGCUCCACCGAGCUACCGCGGUCGUUCGUCGGCGAGACUCCGCGAAUGCCUUUUACCGACGGCGCAGUGCACCAAGAACGCCCAGUGAGUGCGAUCCCGACGCUACCGCGCGGUCGCACACUCGUGUUUGAGUGGCUCUCGACGUGGGGCGACCCGUACUAUGUCGGUCUCAACGGCAUUGACGUCUUCACCGACACUGGCGCACUCCUGCGCCUCGCCAAGAGUCAAGUGACGGCGGUGCCCUCGAGCAUCAAUGUGCUGCCCGAGUAUGCCAAUGAGCAGGACCCGCGGGUCGCCGCCAAUUUGGUCGACGGCGUCAAUUACACGUGCGACGACCUGCACAUGUGGCUGGCGCCGUUCACGCCGCGCCAACUGCACUCGGUCACGCUGCAGCUCGAGGCACCAACCACGCUCUCGAUGCUUCGUAUCUGGAACUACAACAAGUCGCGCGCGCACAGCUUUCGCGGCGUCCGGGACACGCGUAUUCUGCUCGACGGCCGCGAGAUUUUUGUCGGCGAAGUGCGCAAGGCCCCCGGCAUCCUCGGCGCCAUCGACCAGUGCGCCGAAGUCGUCCUCUUUACAACCGACGAGGCGGUACUGCGCGCGAUUGAGCAGAGCGACCCCGACCCCACCGUCGACGCGACGCCGGCAGCGUUGGAGCCGCAGCCGGUGAUUCCUCGACCGUCGACCGCGGAGGCCGAUGCGGACGUGCGACCCAAGACCGCCGUGGUCGGGGCGACGUGUCCCCUCCCGGUGGCGAGCGCCGGGGGUCGAAAAGGCCGGACAAUCAAACUCGUGCUGCAGACCACGUGGGGGGACCGCAACUACGUCGGCCUCACGGGCCUCGAGCUCUACGUUUCGAGAGAGGGCGCCGUGACAUCGCUUCCGCUGGCGCUGUCGGAAAUUAGCGCGACACCCCGCGAUUUGCACACGCUUGGGUACGACGGCGAUCCCCGCACACUGGACAAAUUGAUUGACACGACGCAUGUCACGUGCGACGACUGCCACAUGUGGCUCGUGCCUUUUGGCGGCGCGGUGGCCCCCGAGGUGACGAUUACGUUAGGAAGAGACGUCUUGUGCGUCGGCCUCGCCGUGUGGAACUACAACAAGUCCGAAGAAGACACGAGUCGCGGUGCCAAAGCCGUUCACAUCUUUGUCGACGGUACGCUCGUCACCACCACGGUGCUGCGCAAGGCACCGGGCCACGCGCUCUUUGACUUUCGCCAGUUUGUGCAUCUGGCCGAGCCAAAUAUCGUCGCCAUCAGCGCGCCCAUCGGCGGCUACAAGACGCACCUCGUGCGGCAAGACUACGAACCGCCGCUGCACCCGUCGGGGUUUGUGCUCAAGUUUGUGUUGUGGAGCACGUGGGGCGACCCGUACUACGUCGGUCUCAACGGCCUCGAGAUUUACAACGACCGCGGCCAGCUACUAUCGCCGCCUACUGUGCUUCUCGCGGAUCCCAACGGUCUCGCCGACAGCCCCCAGGACGCGCGCGUCAUCGAGAAUCUCUUUUGCGACGACGACAACAAUACGUGGGACGCGACCCACGCGUGGCUCGCCCCACUCGCGUCGUCACUCGGGCAGUUUGCGGGCAACAUCAUUUACGCUGUGUACGAGACGCCCAUCUGUCUCGGUAUGAUCAAAGUGUUCAACUACGCCAAGACACCCGAGCGGGGGGCGCGCGAGAUUGAAAUCUACUUGGACGAUCUUAAGCUGUACAUGGGGUCGCUGCGCCAAGCCCCGCCGGCCCCCAGCCUCGCGCGCACGGGCAAGCUCCAGCAAGCCAUCGAAUUUGGGCAGCCGAUUCUGUUUACGCUCCACCCAGGCCUCGUCGAGGCGGAGAAGCGCAAGUUGCUCUACUGCGGCGCGGAGGAGCAAGACGUGCUCUGCAUCAACGAAGGCCAAGUCAUCGUCGAGUCCAAAGCCAUGUACCGCGCACCGGAUCCCGGCGCCGAAGGGGUGGUCGUCGACCUCUUGCAGCGGCCGACAACCGCCAUGCUUCGCCACUAACCUCGAUUGUAAACGCUUGUUUCUGUUAAAUGUGCAGGGAUACAUCGUCGUCUCGACUCUAAACUUAGUCGUCCAUGAAGAAGUAGUUGCCCGU